CGAGUCUUAUCACUCCACCCCCUUCUCUCUUUAGAGGGAUGGGUCCCACCUUUCGCUCUUUGCACGUGCCAUACCUGCAUCUCACGUGACACUGCUGCUGUCUUCCCCACACCCUCUAUUAGUUGCUCUCUCCUCUCUGCACAUUUGCAGCUUUUCUCUCAAGGGUUUUAACCCCAUUGGAGUGGAACAAAGAAACCAGAGAGACUCUUCUGUCUGUCUGUCUCAAACAAAUAUCUCUUCUUCUUCUUCUUCUUUCUUCUCUCUUCUUCUGCUUCAAAAAAAAAAAAAAAAAAAAACGGGAAAAUGGAGAUUGGCGGGAACAUGUUCGGUCAGAGCAACGGUAACAGGGGGCAGAAUAGUAAUAACGGGAAUAUUGGGUGGGAUAUCUGGGAGCUCAGUACUUCAAGGUUGGAUUGGGGGGGGAAUAAUAGUAGCAACACCCUGUACACGACGACAGCCACCACCGCCACCAUCACGGCGGGGAGUUCCACCGCCACGCACGAGGAGGGUAGUGCGGCGCACGCGCCAUUUUUAUUUCACCACCACGGUGGCGGAGCAGAUAUUGGCGUGCACCACCAGCAAUUGCACUACCAGCAGGAGCAGCAAGGCUCCCUCUACGGCGCCGCAGAUGGGUCCCAGCGCCACCCUGACCCACACCUUAUGUGCUUGAAUCUGGGGAAGAGGCACUACUUUGAGGACGCUACCCCUCUGGGUGAUCGCCACGUGUCUAGGUCAUCAUCUAUAGGCAAGAGAGGCAAACCCUACACCACCCCCCCAAUCCCCACCACCACUGAUCAUAGAGGUGGCGGUGGUGGGCCUUCCUCCUCUUCCUCGCCGUUGCCGGCGACGGUUCCGAGAUGCCAGGUGGAGGGGUGCCACGUCCCACUUCUCAACGCCAAGGACUAUCACCGGAGGCACAAGGUCUGUGAAAUGCACUCAAAAGCUCCCAGGGUCGUCGUUUUAGGGUUAGAGCAGCGCUUCUGUCAGCAGUGUAGCAGGUUUCAUGCGGUGUCAGAAUUCGACGAUUCGAAGAGGAGCUGCAGGAGGAGAUUAGCGGGGCACAACGAGCGAAGAAGGAAGAGCGCUCAUGAUUCUGCUACAAGGAACACUUCUCAAGGUGGGGGAUUUCCGUACUUAUCAUCACCGACAGGACGUGCUCUCUCUCUUCUGUCAUCCAAGACCGAUUCUUGGGUUUCUCCACCCGAUAUCUCCUCAAGAUCUAGUGCAGCACUUCGUGAGUUGAUAGCAGAGCAUCGUGCAGCCAUCAUGGCGGGGCAGCUCAUUUUGGAUCGAGACCGGUAUACAGAAAGCCAUGGAAUGGAGGAUCUAGGUGAGGCUCAACGACGAUCAAACUGUGUCAUGCCCAACCAGCACCAAAUGUUUCCCGAGCCACAUAGUUGGAAUAGAUACCAUGAAAGUGACACCCAGUUGACACUAGAUCUCAUGCAGGCUUCUAGCUCGGCAUUUGGAUUACUGUCUGUGAGGGGGAAGAGUAAGGAGGAGGAAGAAGAGUGUUCUGAUCUAUGGAACUCCUUUCAUGGAGCCCAUGAAAUCUGAUUUUUCUUUUUCUCUUUUUUUUUUUUUUAAAUUUUAUUUUCCCUCUUUUUAAGUAGUUAUUUAACUGUAUCUUUCAGUGUGAGGACAUAUAGACUUGUAGGAUGAUAGUUUUUCAAGCUGUAUAAUUCAUGUGAUCAUUUGUUUUGCUUCAUAAGUUUCAUAAUUUCAUCAAUCAGUUAGGAUAUUGUGUAAAGAAUAAUAUCAUUUAUAAUCCAUUUGGAAGAAAGUCUCUUACUG